AUGGCCCAAACUCACAAAAUCCUUGUCCUACCCGGUGAUGGCAUUGGUCCCGAGAUCAUGGCCGAAGCCGUCAAGGUUCUCAAAGCCUUCGAGACACCCUCGCGCAAGUUCGAACUGCGCCAGGAGCUAAUUGGCGGAUGCAGCAUUGAUGCAACUGGCAAGUCUGUGACCGACGAAGUCAAACAGGCAGCUCUAGACUCCGACGCAGUCCUCUUCGCUGCAGUAGGAGGACCCAAAUGGGACAAUCAGCGUCGUGGUCUGGACGGCCCUGAAGGCGGGCUUCUGCAGCUCCGCAAGGCGAUGGAUAUCUACGCAAAUCUGCGUCCUUGCUCUUCUACCACACCAAGUGCUUCAAUUGCCAAGGAGUUCAGCCCGUUCCGACAGGAGAUCAUUGAAGGAGUUGAUUUCGUUGUCGUGCGGGAGAACUGUGGAGGAGCUUAUUUUGGCCGGAAGGUUGAAGAAGAGACAUAUGCGAUGGAUGAAUGGGGCUAUUCCGAAGCCGAAGUCCAACGUGUCACCCGCCUGGCCGCCGAAGUGGCACUCCGACACGAUCCCCCCUGGCCUGUGAUCUCACUAGACAAGGCGAAUGUGCUGGCGUCAUCGAGACUCUGGCGCAAGGUUGUUGAUAAGACGAUGGCAGCUGAGUAUCCGCAAGUGAAGAUUGUGCACCAACUGGCCGAUUCUGCUUCGUUGAUCCUAGCAACGAACCCACGAUCGCUGAAUGGUGUUAUGCUGGCGGACAAUACCUUCGGCGACAUGAUCUCCGACCAAGCUGGAUCUAUUGUUGGUACUCUGGGUGUGUUGCCUAGUGCUAGUCUCAACGGUCUUCCUGGAGAUAAGAGCUUGAAGACACGGCCUUACGGACUGUAUGAGCCGACGCAUGGAUCUGCUCCGACUAUUGCCGGGCAAAAUAUUGCUAACCCAGUUGCAAUGAUCCUUUGUGUUGCUCUGAUGUUCCGGUACUCUCUAGGCCUGGAAGAUGAGGCUCGACGUAUUGAGGAAGCUGUGCGUGGAGUAUUGGACUCAGGACUUCGGACGUCUGACCUUGGGGGUAAGGCUGGGACUCAAGAAAUGGGCGAUGCGAUUGUAGCUGCUCUAUAG